CAGCUUCACUCUUUGCUCUGAAUCCAGCCGCUGCGCUCGGGAGAAACGCCUGGAUUACAAACCCCGAAGAAGAGCCUCCUGACUCAGCGCAGUCUCUCUGCUUUGAAAGAGCCCACCGGCUUUGCUCCAAGCUCCUUCUCCGGCCAGCCGCUGCCUUUCUCUCUCUCUCUCUUUCUCUCGCUUGCUCCAACUGGGUCCCGUGCCUCGCAGCUGCGUCGUGGAAGAAGGAUGGCCAACGCGGGUCUCCAGAUGUUGGGCUUCAUCCUGGCCUUCAUCGGCUGGAUCGGCAUCGUGGUCAGCACGGCCAUGCCCCAGUGGAAGAUCUCCUCCUACGCGGGGGACAACAUUGUGACGGCCCAAGCCAUCUACGAGGGCCUGUGGAUGUCCUGCGUCAUGCAAAGCACGGGGCAAAUGCAGUGUAAAGUGUACGACUCCCUUCUCAAGUUGCCAGGCAGCUUACAAGCCACCCGGGCCCUGAUGGUGUCCAGCAUCCUUCUGGGUCUCAUCGGAGCUUUUGUCGCCAUGAUUGGCAUGAAAUGCAUGAAGUGCUUGGAAGAUGAUGAGGUCAAGAAGUCAAGGAUGGCCAUCCUUGGAGGUGUCAUCUUCAUAAUCUCAGGCUUUGCCUCCUUAGUGGCUACCUCGUGGUAUGGCAACGUUGUCGCGCAGGAAUUUUUCAACCCCUACACGCCUGUCAACACCAGGUUUGAAUUUGGCCAGGCGCUCUUCAUCGGCUGGGCAGCCUCGUCCCUGGCCAUCUUGGGCGGCGCCUUCCUUUGCUGCUGGUGCCCCCGGCAAGAGACCUCCUACCCCCAGACUCGGUCGUAUCCCAAGUCUGCCAUCUCCACCGGGAAGGAUUACGUAUAAUACGACGGAGAAGGACGAGACGAGACGCUGGCAUCGGACGACCCCGAGGGACACUGCUUUACUCCUGUCCUGCGCUGAGCAGAGCGAUCCCGCUUUGGCACACCGCCUUCGCCCAACCUCCACAUGUGAACUGUGCCUCUUUGUACCCCUGCACCCCUCUCUGCUCCUGGCCGGGUCCUGCUCUUCUGCCCGAUAGGAAAGCUAGGAAGGGAUUCACCCCAAAAUCAAGCCCGCAGACGUAGGGAACAUCAGACGCCUCCCCGGAUGGGAGAGCCGACAAGGCAGCCAUUCCCUUUUCGGACCCUCUUUCUUCUCUCUCUUAAUGACGACGGACGGUCUCCUUCUCUCUCUCUUUGCAACCUCGUAGUAGAUUCCUCGUGAAGGGCCAGAAGACAGGAGGGAACACCAAAGCGGGCAGAGGGGGGGGGCGGUCUCCCAGAGGAAGGUCCGCUUGAGGAACCCCCAGGCAGUCCUCGACUUACGAUCACAAGUGAGCCCCACAUUUUUGUGGCUGGGACAGCUGUUUGCCCCAUUUUAUCACCUUCCCUGCCACGGUCGUUAAGCGAACCGCUGCAUUUGUUAUGUUAGUCCCCCGGUCGCUAAGCGACUCUGACUCCCCCCCUCCUUGCUUGUCAGCAAAAGGGGGACCAUGGGACAGGGCAAACCGUCAUAAAUAGGAGUCAGGGGCCAAGCACGGUCCGAAUGUGGAUCGCGUGACCGGGGGCGUUGCUGCAACCGUCGUGUGAAAAACAUGAUGACUUGCAACGGUCACUAAACGAACUGUUUGUAAGCCGAGGACUGGCCGUGCUCUGCGCCUGAAUAUGCUGGAGGAUCCCUCCCUCCCUCCCCAGAGACGCCCAAAGUGUGAGGAAUAUUGCUCAGGGCUACUGGGACCACCGUCAGCGUGGGUGGGAUUUUGCAGCCCCCUUUUAAAGGCAGAACCCAGGACACGUGCACGCGCACACACACACACACACACACACACAGCACACACAAAAACACGUGGCUUAGGCUGCCCAAUUCCUUCUGUGCCAAACUCUGCAUGGACUCCCAUCAAUUCCCCACGGCCGUGGGUCCUGCCCCCCACCCUCCUUUUUUUUCUAUCUUUUAUUCUUUCCCACCGCGACUGGGUUAAGGAGAAGGGAAAAAAAAACAAGAGAGAGAGAAUUGGUGCAAAGAGGCAGUUUGGAUUAGGAGUGCUGGGGAGCCCUCCCCGGAGAAGCCGUGUGCCUGCACAUACGUGUUAGGGCAUGCCCAAGCACACACCCACCCCGUUUCACUUCCAAAAACCGCUCAAUCUGUUUGCCAGCUUUUGUCACGAUUGUGGGCUGCCGUUGAAUGCCGGAGGGCCGUCAAAAAGCCACAUAUUUUGAUAAAAGGUGGGGAUAGCUGGGGAGGGAAGUGUCAGCCCUUGAGAAGAAGCAUGGUUAGGGACACACACACACACACACACACACACACACACACACACCGAUUUCCUAGCCCCCCCCCCCAAUUGGACCAGCUGCUGUAGCCUGGGCUGUUCUGCAGAUCCAUUAACUGUUUCUUCCCCACCGCUGGAAAGAAAGCAAGAGACACACAGAAUAACAGAAUUGGAAGGGACCUUGGAGGUCAUCUAGUCCAGCCCCUUGCUCAAGCAGGACACCCCAUACCAUUUCAGACAAAUGGCUGUCCAGUCUCUUCUUAAAAACCUCCAGUGUUGGA